CCAUUAAUCCCCCACAAAUUUAUAUCAAUUCAAAAGCAACAAAUAUUAAAGGCCCCUCUCUUACAUCCACCCAUGUCGGUGAUAUCUUAUUAUUCUUCCCACCCAUAAUUCUUUCUUCUUUUCUUUUUUCUCUUUUAAAUAUAUCUCACUUCCGACUUUUCUCAUAUAAAUAUAAAUAACCCUAUUAUUUUUCCCCAACACAAUCCCCAAAAAACCCAGAAUUCCUCCCUGUUUCUCUCUCCUCUCUUCUCUCACAACCCAUUUUCUUUCUACUUCACAAUACCUUUUUUUUUCUUUUUUUUUUAACAGUUUUCCGCCAUGGAAACAGGGUCAACGAAAAAGAGAGAGAGAGUAGAGAAGCCAUACAAAGGUAUAAGGAUGAGAAAGUGGGGUAAAUGGGUCGCUGAGAUUCGAGAACCUAAUAAACGGUCUAGAAUUUGGUUAGGUUCUUAUUCAACCCCGGUAGCUGCCGCACGAGCGUACGAUACGGCUGUGUAUUAUCUUCGUGGUCCAUCCGCACGGCUUAAUUUUCCGGAGUUACUCAUGGGAGAGUGUAGAUUAAGUGAUUUAUCCGCUGCUUCGAUCCGAAAAAAGGCGAUUGAAGUCGGAGCUAGGGUUGAUGCUCUUGAAACUACUUUUCAACGAUCCAAUAAUAAUAAUAACAACCUCAACAAUAUUAAGGGAUCCGAACCCGAAGAUACUGAAAAGAGUACCGGGUUAUGUGGCUGGGUUGUUGAUGUAAAACCAGAUUUGAAUAAGUUACCAGAAGAUUCAGAUGAGUGGGAAGAUUGAUGAAAAGAGGAAGAUAAAAGCUAAAGAGUUUUUUGUUUCUUUUUUUCCUUUUUUUUUUUUGAAUUAUUAAAUUAGAUAGAGUUGAAAAAGAAGAGGAAAAGAAGGAAGCAAUAAGUUGUUGCUUUUCGGCACGGCCGUGCAAGAUGGAUGUCGUGGUUGAGGAUUAGAUGUCGGUGGCUGCUAACGGAGGAGAGAGAAUAAUUGCUAAAUACAACUUUUCCUAUAAUUGUGCAAAUUUUUAUGUGGGACCAGUUUACAAAUCCACCCUUUCUCUUCUUUUUUUUUUUUUUCUUUUUGUUUUUUAAUUUUAGUUUUAUUAGUUAGAGUUUUUUUUAACCCUUAAAUUUUCUUUUUCUGGGAGAUUGAUAAAGGAAAAUUCGGGGGAUGCUACUCUGUAAGACAGUAAAGAGGAAAAACAUUGUAAAUAUGUCUUUCGUUAAAAUUUUAUUAUAUGAUAGUAGAGAUUUAGCAACUUUUUAAAUGUUUUUAUUCCAAAUUAAAUGUACUUUUAUAUUAGCAUAUGUUCAAAUAAAACUUGGAAGGAA